CCCAUGUGUCUGUCUCUGUCUUCUGCUUUCCUUUUUCUCUUUUCCAGAUGAUUGGUGAUCAAUCUAUCCAGCUGCCGGUAUGACAGUGUGCGUAGGGCGGCCCAACAGUAUGGCCUUAGAGAGGGCGGGGAAAACGAGGACUGGACUCUCUACUGGACCGACUACUCAGUGUCCCUGGAACGUGUGAUGGAAAUGAAGAGCUACCAGAAAAUCAAUCACUUCCCUGGAAUGAGUGAAAUCUGCCGCAAGGACUUGCUGGCCAGGAAUAUGAACCGCAUGUCAAAGAUGUUCCCCAAAGAUUUCCACUUUUUCCCCAAGACCUGGUGUCUCCCUGCUGACUGGGGAGAUUUGCAGACCUACAGCAGGUCAAGAAAAAAUAAGACAUACAUUUGUAAGCCGGACUCGGGCUGCCAAGGGCGAGGUAUAUUCAUCACCCGGACAGUGAAAGAAAUCAAACCAGGGGAGGAUAUGAUCUGUCAGCUCUAUAUUUCAAAGCCCUUUGUCAUCGACGGAUUCAAGUUUGACCUCCGGAUUUAUGUGCUGUUGACGUCCUGUGACCCUCUCAGGAUUUUUGUGCACAAAGAAGGACUGGCUCGCUUUGCUACAAUGUCUUACUCCCAGCCCUGCCCUGACAACCUGGACGAUAUCUGCAUGCACCUGACUAAUUAUUCCAUUAAUAAGCACAGUUCAAAUUUCAUCCAAGAUGCUCACUCUGGCAGCAAGAGGAAGCUGUCUACUUUCAACCUGUACAUGGAGACCCACGGCUACAACAUGGCGCAGGUAUGGAGAGAUAUGGAGGACGUCAUCAUCAAGACGAUCAUCUCGGCCCACCCCAUCAUCAAGCAUAAUUACCACACCUGCUUCCCCAACCACACGCUCAACAGCGCCUGCUUUGAAAUCCUGGGCUUCGACAUCUUAUUGGACCACAAACUCAAACCCUGGCUGCUGGAGGUCAACCACUCUCCGAGCUUCUCCACUGACUCGUGGUUGGAUAAAGAGGUGAAAGACAGUCUGCUGUAUGAUACCUUGGUCCUGAUCGACCUGGGAAACUGUGACAAAAAGAAAGUCUUGGAGGAGGAGCGACAACGGGGGCGGUUCCUGCAGCAAUGUCCUUCUCGGGAGAUCAGGAUCAUGGAAGCCAGGGGUUUCCAAGCUGUGCGCUUACAGAAAACAGAGAAGUACGAGAAGGAAAACUGCGGAGGGUUCCGACUGAUUUAUCCUAAUCUGAAUUUGGAGAAGUACGAGAAGUUUUUCCAGGACAACAACUCCCUCUUCCAGAACACAAUUGCUUCCAGGGCUCGGGAGAUGUAUGCCCGGCAACUGAUCCAGGAGCUGAGACUGAAACAGGAGAAAAUCUCCUUCCAAAUGAAAGAGAAGAAGGCAGAGAUGCAGGGGGAAUCUGCAGGCGAGCAAGCAAGAGGCAAGAGGGAGAGGAGCUGGCAACAGACACUGCGGGAGAAACACAAGGCCGCCCCCCACGUCUCCAGACAAUACUUCCACCCCUUGACAUUAGUGUCCUGCACACCUGACUUGCUCUUGAGUGUCGCAGACAUAAAGAAAAAUGAGAGAGACAGCAGCCUCAACCAGGAGGCCCCGAAGGAAGAUGGCGCUGCUCCCUCCAGGCCCACAUCUCCAAGGCCCUCCUGCUCUGUACCUGACCUGAGGAACUCGAAUCCCAGCUCCUCUGAGCUGGAGCUCAGUAAAGCUGCCUCCACAGUCCAGGGGGCCAGGUCUGUUCCUGCAGUGAACGUCCUCACUGGCGCUGUGCCCUUAACCCCAGUAGAAAUGUCUCCAGAAUCGACCGCCCAGGUCUCAGUCUCCCCAGAGCCUCUGCCAUGCUUGACCAUGACUACCAGCCCAGAAUGCAGUAGCCCAGAGAUGGACAGGGUGGUUUCCGCUAAAGGCAAGCAGCUCCAGAGCCCCCGGAAAUUCACUCAAGAGAAAUUAUCAAAACCUUCUCUGCCUAAGAAAACCCACAUCUUCUUGGAGAGUCUGAACCAAAGCUGGGUUUUGCUAAAGAAUGAGAUGAAGAAGCAGCAGCAGAUGUCAGAGCUGUUCAAGGCUGACCUGAGGAGGGAUUUCACCUUGCUUCCAGCUCACUCCAGUCCCAAGCUGGUGCCAAGUCACCAGUCACAAAAUGCCUCCCUGCCUGGGGAGUGCUGCCCCAGCAGCCGCAGCUCUGGCGAGAAGAGGCGACUGGAUGUGUCUUCCCUCCUCCUCUUUCAGAGUCCUCCUAGUCGUGGUGUUACUCUGAGUGACCUGCUGGUGGUAGCCUCCCCAGCUCGACUGGACCCAAGGCCCAGCAGAAGUCAUUUGGGCAUGAUGAAGGACCUGUGUGUACAGGAUCAGGACAUGUGUGGUCACUGCCUGAUCUCUGACCAGAAAGGAAGUGAGAGGAACUAGAAUCAGACUGGAUCUCUGCCAUUUUUCCCCUUCCUACCUCUUAUUCCCUGGAAAUGAUUUGUGUCUUCCCAUAAUGUCUACAGUGU